AUGUCUAUAAACGAAGUCUAUUUUAUUUUCCCUACGGAAAUUUGCUAUUCCAUCAUAUCGCAUCUAGACUCUGAAGAUGCAGCGGCAUUCGCGAAAUGUUCACGAUUUUGUUACUCUGUAGCCUUCCCAAGCAGGUUCAGUGGCAUUAAAUUACACGAUGAUAACCACAAGCGUCUUCUCAAAAUGUUUACGAACGGUGGUUGGUUGGUCCCCUUGAAAGAUCAUAUACGGUCGAUGAAUUUCACAAUAUAUAAUCUGGAUACCCUACAAGAUCUUUAUUCUGCAGCGUUGAUAUUCCCCAAUCUUCAAAGCCUGACGGUCAACAUCUUCAGCUUUUGGAUUCUCCAAAGAAAUGCAUACUACACUCUCUUUCGGGAUCUUUCUGCCUUACCUUUCUAUGACAAUAUCGAUCAUUUUGCAUUUAUCUGGUUUGGUACCGACGAGGAAUGGUAUAACGAUAUCGCAAACUACCGUCUUUUGCCAGACGUCGAACGAUCGACUGCUGGACUUUAUGAAUGGACAAUGAGACAAUUUCCCAAAGCCCGAGAUCUUUUAGGACCUUUCAUCCCCGAAAACCAAUUUUCUGAAAAGGUGGAAGAAAUCUUGCUUCCAAAGGCUCUUCAAUCAUUCGAAGCGAAUCUAGGGUUCACAUCUAAGGAAUAUGAUUACCUCCUACCCGUCGUCAGUUCCGCAACUGUUGAAACCCUAAGCAUCCACAGAGCCAGCUACCCCUUCACAGGGGACUUUAACUUCCGGAACAUCAAAAAUCUCACCUUAAUUUUCAAUUCUGCAAAAAUCGAUAUCUGUCAGUCAUAUGGCCUCGAAUUACUCAGUAGACAGUUCCCGAAUCUCGAGUCGUUAAAAAUAAUCAAUGCAGAGUGGGAUGUCGAGGAAUCCUCUCGUUUUACCUUUCGGCCCCCAGUCCUACCUAAGAUUGCACAGUUGGAUAUCUCAUGGCCUAGGCCGGCUCCUCAUAGGUGUAGGACCAAGGCUUUGGAACGCUUUCUCGGCUUGGUGUUGAAUGGAAAGGACGGACGGAAUCUUGAAAGAUGUACCUUUAGGGGGACGACAUAUACAAUCGCAGGUCCAAGGAAUGUUGUGGCUACUUGUGUGAUUUCGAAAAGGAAGAUAUUCGAUCCAGACUUUCCGAGCAAGCCUUGGGAGUUUCAAUGGGAGGGGGAUAUAGAUUUUGAUCAGAUGGAAGACGACUGGGGAGCUUGGGCGGAUUUGGAACAGGACGAAGACCUAGAUUCUGAUUAUGUUGCUUCGGGAGACGAAGAACAUGGAUCUAGUAUCCUAUCAAAUGAUAUUGAAGAAGAAUCUGGAAGUGGGGAUAGUGAAUUCAGUGGGGAUUCCGAGUAUCCGGAGGCUGGUGACGAGUUAUAUCCUGUUGAUACAGAUGACGAGCUCGAGCAGCCAUAUAGAUUAGAAGUAGACCUUACACUUGGGUUGGCUUGA